AUGCAAAUCAAAUAUUUGCUUUUAAUAAGUCUUCUGCUUGCAGUAACUAAGCAAGUGACAGUGACUAAAACCGAUACAUGUGAUGAUUGCACUUAAUUCAAAUCAUCCUUAGAUUGUAAAGCAUUUGGAUGUACUUGGACAGAUAAAACAGCCGCAGCAGCAGGAUCUUGUGCUAAAUCUACAACUCCUCCUCCUGUUACCUUUACACCAUAUUGUUCAACAAUAGAGACAGCAAAUUGUGCUAAGACAUUUGGAUGUGCCUUAGUUGAAGGAAAAUGCACUCAUUUCACAGGAUGUUCAGCCUAUGUCAAAACUACACACUCAGACUGCUAAGCCAUAUCUUACAUGUGUAUUACAAAUGGAACAACAUGCACAAAUGCACUUGAAUGUGUUGGAUAUACUAAAGAAUAAUGUGAAACUACCCCUAGCUUGAAGAGCCCAUACAAAUGUAAACUUGAUGGAGAAACAUGUAGAGACUAUAAAUGUAUUGAGGCUGAUUCAUCACUUACAACUGAUUUAGCCUGCUCAACUUGGUUAUUAGGUUGUAGAUCAACAGGCGCUGGUUGUAUUGAUUUAGUACCACCAUGUGCUAGUUAUUAAGGUACUUCAGAAACAUGCCCAAAGAUGAAGGGAUCAGAUGGAAAUUGUGAAUUUAAUGCAGAUGGUAAUGUUUGUAAAGCAAGAGUAUGCACAGGUGCAGAUACUGGACUUAACACUAAUGAGGCUUGUGCUUAAUACUAAGUUGGAUGUGUAACAACAGGAAAGGGAUGUAUUGCAACAAGAGGAGCUUGUUCAACUUAUGAUGGAAAUGCUUCAACUUGUAUUGGAUAUAUUGGUACAGAUGGAGAAUGUGCUGGUGAUGCUACAGGUACUAAAUGCAGAGCUAGAUUAUGCAGUGAAAAAACCGCAACUACUGAUGCUGAAUGUGGUACUUGGAAGACUGGAUGCAAAUCAAAUGGAAAAUAAUGUGUUGAUUCAUUAGGUGCUUGUAGCUCAUAUGAUGGAACAACAACUACAUGUGCUGGUUUGAAAGGAUCUGAUGGUAAUUGCAAAGGAACUUCAACAACAACAGCUAAAUGUGCCUUAAAAGAUUGUGUGACUGAUAGUAAUGACACAUUUAAAACAUAAGCUCAAUGUGAAGCUAUCUAAUCAAACUGUAAAACAACAGGAAAAGGAUGUGUAGCAACAUUAGCUGCAUGUUCUUCAUAUUCUUAUACAGAUGAUGGAACAUCUUGUAAUUCAUGGUAUGGAUCAGAUGGUAGAUGUAAACCUGGAACAGCUGGAAAGUGUGCAGCUAGAGUUUGUACUGAAGCUUUAACAUCAUUAACUACAAACAAAUAAUGUGAUGAUUACAAGAGUGGAUGUGUAACCACUGGAGCUGGAUGUGUUUCAACAACUGUUUGCUAAGAUACUGUUAAAUAAGUUACUUGUGAAGGAACAGGUACUUGUGGAUGGAAUUCAAUCUGUGUUUCAAAGACUAGUUGUGGUUAAUUAUUGACCAAAUCUAUUUGUGAAAGUGUCAAGAUAAGCAAUAAGCCAUGUAAAUGGGAUACAGGUACAUGCAGAAAUGCAAGAUGUGAUGAUUUUACAGCUACAGAUGAUAAUACUUGCAAUACCUUACUUGAAAAUUGUGUUACUAAUGGUACAAAAUGUGUUGAUGGUACUAAUUGUGCUGCUUAAUUUAAAGGAACAUAAUAAGCAUGUUAAGCCUUUAAAGCCAAAUGCACAAAUGAUACUAAUGCAGCUGAUACUGCUGUUUGUAAAGCAAGAACAUGUGAUGAUUCAUAUCUCACUUACGAUAAUGAUCAAGAUUGUGGUAAUUAUUUGACAGGUUGUGUGACAAAAGGAUCUGGUUGUAUUAUUGACACAGCUGUAUGUUCAAGUUAUUCUGGUACUCCAGAAUAAUGUGAUAAAUUUAAAGGAAAUAAGACUACUAGAUGUUGGAAUACAGGUGCUGCUACUGUUUCUGGUGCUUGUGUUGAUAAAUAAUGUACAUAGGCUACUAGCAUGGGAGAUGACACAGCAUGUGAAUCAUUUUUAACAGGAUGUUUAUAUGAUGGCAAUGGAAGUUGUGUAGCUAAAAGUGCUGCAUGCACAGCUUAUACAGGUACUGCCAUUACUUGCUUAAACUUUAAAGGAAGCAGUGCAGCUAAUCCAUGUUUCCAAGGUGUAGGAGGUAAGUGCAGAAAUAAAACAUGUAGUGAUGAUAUAACUAGUUAAAGUGAUGGAGAUUGCAAUACAUUUUUACCAGAUUGUGUUACUAAGGGAACUGGAUGUAUUGAUAAGACCUCUUAAUGCACUGCAUAUUCAGGAACAACUGAUAAAUGUUUAACAUUUACUGGAAAAUCAGGAGCAGAUAAAUGCACAAGAUUAGAAGCUUGCGUUUCAAAAGCUACAACAUGUGCUUCAAAAACAGGAAUAGCUGGAAAUGACGACUGUUUAUCAUAUCAUGCUGAUUGCAGAUUUAAAUUUGGAGAUACUGCUUGCAUGCAAAGUUAAACUGUUUGUACAAGUUAUACAUUGACUGGUACUGAUGAUGCUGCAAAGUAGACUUAUUGUAAUUUAAUUACAACAUCAUCAGCUGGUUCAUGUAGUUAUGAUACAGGUGUAGUAGGUACAUGUUCUGCUAGAGCAUGCAAUCUAUGGGUGAGUACAUUAACUAAUAUUACAUGUGACAAUUACAAUGGAACAGCUUCAUGUAAAUUAAAUGGUGCUUCUUAUUGUUAUGCUCCUUUAGCCUCAUGUGCUUCAUACACAAUACCAAAUAGUACAACAGAUAAAUUAGCAUGGUGUAAUGCAAUGUUCACAAAUGCAGCUACCCCAACUAAGUGUUCAUAUGAUGCAGGUGUCAGUACAACAGCAUGUUCAAAUAUAGAUAGUUGUGAAGAAAUCAUUUCUCCUACCAGUGCUGCUUAUUGUAAUAAAAUAUUAGAUGAUGGAGACUGCUAAUUUACAAAUAACAAAUGUAUUACUACUAAAAAUGCAUGUACUGGUUAUUUAUUAACUGGUAUUACUACAGGUUAAGCUGCCUAUUGCUCUGGCUUGAGAUCAGAUAAUUCGGGAACUGUUACAAAAUGUUCAUAUAUUUCUGGAACUUCUACAACUACUUGUGUUGAUGAGGUAGUAGCAACAGUUGCUAAUCCAGCCGCUAUCACUGUUGGAGCUUGUAAUACAAUUUCAUCACCAACUUCAUAAGCAGAUUGUAAUUUAGGAACUGGAAGUUGUAAAUAUUAUUCAGGAGCUUGUUAUGCCAGAGUUGCAUGUGCAAGUUAUACCGUUGUUGGUGCAGAUGCAACUGCUAAGCAAAACUUUUGUUAGAAUAUGUAUGAUAAUACGGCAAAUACUUACUGCUCUUAUAAUGCUGGAGCUUGUGCUGCUGGUAAAGCUGCUUGUACUGAUUAUUCUACUUUAGCUGGGGCAGAUGAUGCUGCUAAAACAUUAGAAUGUUCUAAACUCAGAAUAAAAACAGGAAGUGCUUGCGGCUUCACUGCAUCAGGAACUGCAUGUGCAGCUCCAGCCGAUGCUGCUGCUUCAUGCACACUUGUAACAUCUGAUAUCACUGCUGAUGCAGAUUGCGCCUUAAGAACAAUAUUAGGAUGCAAGAAACAUGCUACUAAUCCUGCUUGCAUAGCAAAUGGUGCAUGUACUGCUGCUGCGCCUACUGGUACUGGAGAUGCUUAAGUCACGAGCUGCUAAGCUUUUAUUGGUCCUGAUUCUAAAUAUUGUACAUUUACAACCGGUGCAAAUUGUGCAGUUGCUCAAAGUGCAUGCUCAGGUUAUUCAACUCUUCCAUCUGGUACUGAAUUAGCUUAUUGUUCUUUAAGAAUUAAUGAGAAUGGAUAAAGAUGUACAUGGGUUACUCCUGCUACAGCUUGUUCAGAUCCUUCCGCUACAUGUGUGAGCUACACUGGUCUUACUGGUACUGAUAUGCUAAAAUAAUGUUAAGCUAAAAACGAUUUAGCUGGAGUAAGAUGCUCAUGGAAUAUAGGUACUACUGCAUGUAUUGCUGCUCCAAAAACCUGCGCUGGUUGGAAUAGUCUUCCAACUUCAGGAUAAUUAGAAUUUUGUUAGGCCAGAAUUAAAUCAGAUGGUUUGAGUUGUUCAUGGGUUAGCGGUACUUCAUGUACCGAUGCUCCAGCUGCUUGUACAUCAUUAGCUAGUCUUCCAAAUUCAGGAGAAUUAGCUUAUUGUGUAUUAAGAAUCAAACAAGAUGGAGUAAAAUGUUCAUGGACAAGUGGUGGUAAUUGUAUAACUCAACCAACAGCAUGUACUGACUGGAGCACUCAACCAUCAUUAGAAUUUUGUUAAGCUAGAAGUAAUAUAAGUGGAAAUAGAUGUUCAUUUGUUGCGGCUGCUGCUGCAUGUUCUGAUGCUCAAGCUGCUUGUACUGGAUAUAGCACAUUACCUUCACCAGGAUAAUUAGCAUUUUGUUAAGCAAGAGUUUAAUAAGAUGGAACUAAAUGUUCAUGGACUGCUGGAGGAGCAGCUUGCAGAGCUUAUUCAUGUGAAGAUACAGCAUCUCCUUAAUCAUAAGCUGAUUGCGAUACUACUGGAACAGGAUGCACAUAUGAACCUCAACUUUAAAUUUGUUAUAAGCCAUAGACAGCAUGCACAAGUUAUACUCCAGCAGGUUCUACUGAAGCUGAUAAACUUAACUAUUGUAAUAAUCUAUUAAAUUCUGCUUCUACUCCUGUUGGAUGUACUUACAUCAAAGGAAAAGCUAGUGUUACAACAUGUUCAGUAUUAGGUGCUUGCACAAGCUAUGAUGUUUCAGAUGUAGCUGCAGCUGAUAAAUUAGCUGCUUGUUAAGGUGUAAUUCCCUCCUCUGGUUCUUGUACAUACUUUUCAGGAAACACAUGCGUUGCUGUUGCAGCCUGCUCUACAUAUACUGGAGGAAGUUCCGGAACUAUAGUGGUUGAUUGUGCAAAAUAAAAAGAUACUACUGGAUUAUUAUGUUAUGGAUCUGGUACAGCAUGUGCUGCAGCAACUUGUGAAAAUGUUACAGGAGCAACAAGUCUUGAUGAUUGUAAGAAAUACGCUACAAAUUGUGUGUACGCAGGUGGAAAAUGUUACACUACAUCUGCAACUUGUGCAUACUCUACUGGAGGAACUAAUGCAAUUUCAACAUGCAAUAGUCUAAAAAAUACUGGUGGCAAUUUCUGUACAGCUGAUGCUGAUGCUGAUGCUAAUUGCAAAGACAGAACAUGCGAUGAUACGGCAACAAAUAGUUUCUAAACUCAUGAUGAAUGUAAGACUUAUCAUUCAACUGCCAAAUAAACGGUUAAGGUUGUAUCCUUGCUUCAAAAAACAUGUGCUUAAUAAAGUGGAUAUCUUAGCUAUUGUGAAUGGGCCUUAGACACUAACAGCAAAUCAACUUGUGCCAAAGCAACUGCUGAUACCAAUAGUGCUGCUUGUACAAAGUUGACUUGUGAGUUGAAUGUUACUGCAACCAGUGAUUCAGAAUGUAUAUCAUUCAAUUCUGAUUGUUUAAAUAAAGGUUUAGGUUGUAUUCUUAAAACAGAGCCUUGCUCCUCUUACUAUGGUACAAAAACCUCAUGCUAGGCAUUUACAGGAAAUGGUAAGAAAUGCUACGGAGAUUCCACUACUACUACUAAAGCAGCUUGCAGAGAUAGAUAAUGCACUGAUAUGUCUACAGCUACCAGUGACAGCGAGUGUGAAAAUUUCUUAACAGGAUGUUUAUUCAAUGGAGUUGGUUGUGUACAUAAAAGUGCUGCUUGUAGUUCAUAUAAGGGAACCUAAGCAACUUGCUCAGGAUUUAAGGGAAGCAAUGGAACCAAAUAUUGUUGGGGAUCCAGUACAACUGUGGUUGGAAAUUGUGCUGAUAGAAAAUGCUCAGAUAAGGUUGGCACAACUGAUGCAGAAUGUUAAACGUUCUUGCCUCCUAUUGCUCCAUCAAAAGUAUAAUUAUGUAUUACUGAUGGCAAAACUUGUGUUGAUAUUGGAAAGGCCUGUUCAUUCUUUAAAGGAAAUGAUGACACAUGUUUAUUAUUCACAGCUAAUGAUGGUCCAUGCAAAGCAAGUUCUGUUUCAGCAUCUCCUGUUGCUUGUACUUCUAGAGUUUGUUAUGAAGCUCCAAACACAUAUACAACAGAUGAUUAAUGUUCGAAAUAUCACCCAUCAUGUAAAACAACAGGUAGAGGAUGUAAGAGCACUGUUGGAUGUGGAGAAUUAACUUCUUAAGCUUCAUGCACAGCAAAUACAUCAUGUCAAUGGGCAGGAUAAUGCAGAACUUUACCAGCUACAUGUGGUGCAUUGACUACAUAUGGUCAAGCUAUUUGUACAAAUACACCUUUAUCAACUGGAAAGAAAUGUGCUUGGUAUAAUGGUUCUUCUUCCAAUGUUUGCAGAGAUUUCGUAUGCGCAGAUUAUGAUGGAUCAAUUGCAACUCACAAGGAUUGCAAUGACAAAGAUACAACAUGUACAACUAGCGGUGCUGGUUGUGUAACCUUGGGAGUAUGCUCAUCCUAUAGAUCUAAAUCUGUUUGUGAAGCUGCAAACACAACUGAAACUUCAGUUAGAUGCACUUGGAAUUCUACAACUGCAGCUUGUAGAUAAAGAUAAUGUGCAGAUGGAGUUUUUACCACUGAUGAUGCUUGCAACACAUGGCUUACUGGAUGUAAAACUUCAGGAACAGCUUGUGUAGGACCAAACUUUGGAUGUGAUGUGUUUACAGGAAAUCCUAAACUUUGUUUGAAGAAUAGCGCUAAAAAUCCAUGUUUAUAUGUUAAUGGAAUUUGCUAUGAUUAUGACAAUUGUACAGAUGUUAGUUCUUCAACUUACUCAUUCUGCUAAUCCUUCUCUAAAUAAUGUGUGCCAACAAAUACAACUUGCAGAGCUAUUACUCAAUGCGAUAAAUAUGAAGAUAUCAACUCAUGCACCAUUGGUAUUAAUAAUACUGUAUGUGGAUGGCUACCUGAAAAUAAAUGCAAAGAAUACACAGUAUGCAGUGAUGCAGCAGGUACUGUCUUAUCAGCUUGUACCAGUUGGGGUUCUACAUGUGUUUCAGAUGGAACCAAAUGUGUCGAUAAAGGAACUUGUGCUUCAUAUUUAACCACUUAAGCUUGUGAUAAUGCAGGUACUGAUGGAUCAUGUUAAUGGACUGGAACUGCUUGCAGAUUGAGAGAAUGUACAGAUAAGGUUGCUACAACUGAUGCUGAAUGUUUAGCUUAUACUGUUAAGAGUGGAAUCUGUACAACUGAUGGAGCUAAAUGUGUUCCUAGAGCUACAUGUUCUUCAUAUUUAACUGAAGCAGCUUGCACAAUCGGAUAAGAUGGAAUUCCAUGUGUUUAUGAUUUACCAGUUGGUGCUACUACAGGAACUAAAUCAUGUAGACCUAAGGAAUGCACAGACAUCAAAGGAACUACUAAUGAUGCUUGUGUAUCAAUGAUUCCAAACAAGGCUUGUGUUUCUAAUGGAGUUAAUUGUGUUAAAUAAGAUACAUGUGCCAAUUAUAAGAAUAGAUUAUCAUGCAAAGCAGGAGGUUCAGAUGGAAAAUGCGCAUUUACUCCAGCACCAACUACUGCAGAUCCAAAUAAUGGAACAUGUGUAUCAUUCAAAUCAUGUGAAAAUGCCAAUAGUGAUUAAGAUGCUUGUGUUACUAAACCAAAAGCAUGCAAAUGGUAAUCAACUACAACUGGAACUACCACUACUACUAAAUGUUCAUCAAUGGAUUGCCCUGGAGUUGCUUCUGGUACAACUUGCAACCCAUUCCAAAGUUUCGAUGGAACUUCAAGCACAAUUUGUGUUUUGGUCAAUAAUGUAUGUUCAGUUAGCGAUCCAUCAACCCUUACAGCAGAAUAAUGCUAUAAACCAACAACUGUUUACACAUACACUUGGAAUGAAUCCACUAAUAAAUGUGUUUCAUGCAAAGCUCCAACUAAUAAUAACAAUAACUCAACCAAUCCAAACACUACAGACCCAGACACUAAUACUGAUGAUAAUGGAUACAUCUUAGGUGUUACAAUUCCAUUGGCUAUAUUGGGAAUCUUUGUUUGA